CCUCUAUAUAGUCUGUGAUUCUGUCUGUCAAAGGAAACGAUUGCGACUGGAAGUCUGAUGGAAAGAUUUUGUUGAUUUUCUGAAAAUUCUUAUAAUUUCGUCGUUCUGCAACUUUCAAAACAGUCUAUCGUGUGAAAAACCUGUGUGUGCUUGUGUUAUUUAUUUUGUGUUUCCCAGUGCAAAAGCAGGAAGUUACAUUUUGAUGAUUGAGUGCACGAACAUCAUAAUAACAACAAAAAUUUUUGUACACAUAAGCGACGGUGACCGUCGCUCACCGUAAAAUGCGUUCGCUGCUCGCGUACUACGCUGACGCAGUGAUGUCGGCAGCGGUCCGCGGCGCCGGCUGCGCGCUCGACUGCAGCGGCCGCGGCGACUGCAUGAACGGCACGUGUCUGUGCGAGAUCCGGUACUCGGGGGACGAGUGUGCCGGCCCUAACAUGCCUUACCACGCGUGCAUAGGCGGCGUGUUUCUCCUAGUAGCGUUCGUCUGCGCAGUCCAGCUCACCAUAUGUGUGGUGACGGAGUACAGGAGACUGAAGGCGCCCACCUUCCUCCGAGCCUGCAAGGUUACCACGCAGAAGAUGCUGUACCUCGUCGCUUUCUUGGCGUCCCUCAUUAGGGGAGCUUAUUUUGUUUCACCGUCGGCGUUCCAAGAGGGUUGGGCUACGAGUCUUCUGUCUGCCUACUACCCUCUGCUUAUGUCUGGGUCGUCCCUUAUCGUCUGCUUUUGGGCUGAGGUGUUCCAUCUACGCGACAUUCGCUGGGAGAGGCCCCGGUUCCUCUCGAAGUCGUUCCUGGCGUUCGUGACCUUCAACUUCAUCAGCUACUCGCUCCUCGCUGCUGAAGUGUUGACUACCAAUGUCGCUGGCACUUCUCCUAAGGAAAAGAGUUUUUACCAGCACGUUUUCAACGGCUGCUAUGCGGUGUUGCUGUUCAUAGUCGUCACAUUCUUCCUAAUUUACGGCGUGGAGGUAUACUUUAAGCUCCGCGGCGAGUUCCUGAAGGAGACUAAAGUAUGCACUAUCAUAUCGCCUCGGCCGGGCCCUUCGAGCGCUGAUGAUGGAGACGACGUACAGGAUACCCUUGUCACUAAACAGGGCAUACAAACGGACUUGGCAGCGGACGGCACGGUAGACCCUCGCUCCGUGGACGUGUCGCAGCUACAUCAGUCGCGCUUCGGCCUCAUCAGCCAGGCCCUGAUGCUGAUCCUCAUCGCCGGCUUCCUGGCUUCCGAGACCCUCAGCGAGUUCUGGAAGACUAAAGUGCCAGUAGUAUCCCGCAACUGGCACGACCUCGUGUUCCGAUUGGCGGAGAUCGGCGUGGCGCUAUGGUUCCCCUGCGUGCUGUGGAACUCCAUGGCUCCGGAGCGCCUGUGGUUGCUGAACCCGCGCCGCCUGUUGGCGAGGCAGCUCGACGAUGCUCGCCUUGCGGAUUUGCUUGCUCACCAUCAUGACGCCAAGGUAAGGAACCUUAGAGAUGUAUACGUGGGGUCCCGCGACUGCUGGAUAUGCUACGACAGCUCCCGGUCCGAGCCGCUGAUCCGGCCCUGCCGCUGCACCGGCGACGUGUCCGCCGUGCACCACGACUGUCUCAGCCGGUGGCUGGUCGAGGUAACUAUCAGAUUGCUACUGGUUCUGCACAAUGUGGAGACGGACUCGCUGGUGGGCAGCGUGGGGUCGGCCCGCGACUGCUGGAUAUGCUACGACAGCUCCCGGUCCGAGCCGCUGAUCCGGCCCUGCCGCUGCACCGGCGACGUGUCCGCCGUGCACCACGACUGUCUCAGCCGGUGGCUGGUCGAGGUAACUAUCAGAUUGCUACUGGUUCUGCACAAUGUGGAGACGGACUCGCUGGUGGGCAGCGUGGGGUCGGCCCGCGACUGCUGGAUAUGCUACGACAGCUCCCGGUCCGAGCCGCUGAUCCGGCCCUGCCGCUGCACCGGCGACGUGUCCGCCGUGCACCACGACUGUCUCAGCCGGUGGCUGGUCGAGGUAACUAUCAGAUUGCUACUGGUUCUGCACAAUGUGGAGACGGACUCGCUGGUGGGCAGCGUGGGGUCGGCCCGCGACUGCUGGAUAUGCUACGACAGCUCCCGGUCCGAGCCGCUGAUCCGGCCCUGCCGCUGCACCGGCGACGUGUCCGCCGUGCACCACGACUGUCUCAGCCGGUGGCUGGUCGAGGUAACUAUCAGAUUGCUACUGGUUCUGCACAAUGUGGAGACGGACUCGCUGGUGGGCAGCGUGGGGUCGGCCCGCGACUGCUGGAUAUGCUACGACAGCUCCCGGUCCGAGCCGCUGAUCCGGCCCUGCCGCUGCACCGGCGACGUGUCCGCCGUGCACCACGACUGUCUCAGCCGGUGGCUGGUCGAGGUAACUAUCAGAUUGCUACUGGUUCUGCACAAUGUGGAGACGGACUCGCUGGUGGGCAGCGUGGGGUCGGCCCGCGACUGCUGGAUAUGCUACGACAGCUCCCGGUCCGAGCCGCUGAUCCGGCCCUGCCGCUGCACCGGCGACGUGUCCGCCGUGCACCACGACUGUCUCAGCCGGUGGCUGGUCGAGGUAACUAUCAGAUUGCUACUGGUUCUGCACAAUGUGGAGACGGACUCGCUGGUGGGCAGCGUGGGGUCGGCCCGCGACUGCUGGAUAUGCUACGACAGCUCCCGGUCCGAGCCGCUGAUCCGGCCCUGCCGCUGCACCGGCGACGUGUCCGCCGUGCACCACGACUGUCUCAGCCGGUGGCUGGUCGAGGUAACUAUCAGAUUGCUACUGGUUCUGCACAAUGUGGAGACGGACUCGCUGGUGGGCAGCGUGGGGUCGGCCCGCGACUGCUGGAUAUGCUACGACAGCUCCCGGUCCGAGCCGCUGAUCCGGCCCUGCCGCUGCACCGGCGACGUGUCCGCCGUGCACCACGACUGUCUCAGCCGGUGGCUGGUCGAGGUAACUAUCAGAUUGCUACUGGUUCUGCACAAUGUGGAGACGGACUCGCUGGUGGGCAGCGUGGGGUCGGCCCGCGACUGCUGGAUAUGCUACGACAGCUCCCGGUCCGAGCCGCUGAUCCGGCCCUGCCGCUGCACCGGCGACGUGUCCGCCGUGCACCACGACUGUCUCAGCCGGUGGCUGGUCGAGGUAACUAUCAGAUUGCUACUGGUUCUGCACAAUGUGGAGACGGACUCGCUGGUGGGCAGCGUGGGGUCGGCCCGCGACUGCUGGAUAUGCUACGACAGCUCCCGGUCCGAGCCGCUGAUCCGGCCCUGCCGCUGCACCGGCGACGUGUCCGCCGUGCACCACGACUGUCUCAGCCGGUGGCUGGUCGAGGUAACUAUCAGAUUGCUACUGGUUCUGCACAAUGUGGAGACGGACUCGCUGGUGGGCAGCGUGGGGUCGGCCCGCGACUGCUGGAUAUGCUACGACAGCUCCCGGUCCGAGCCGCUGAUCCGGCCCUGCCGCUGCACCGGCGACGUGUCCGCCGUGCACCACGACUGUCUCAGCCGGUGGCUGGUCGAGGUAACUAUCAGAUUGCUACUGGUUCUGCACAAUGUGGAGACGGACUCGCUGGUGGGCAGCGUGGGGUCGGCCCGCGACUGCUGGAUAUGCUACGACAGCUCCCGGUCCGAGCCGCUGAUCCGGCCCUGCCGCUGCACCGGCGACGUGUCCGCCGUGCACCACGACUGUCUCAGCCGGUGGCUGGUCGAGGUAACUAUCAGAUUGCUACUGGUUCUGCACAAUGUGGAGACGGACUCGCUGGUGGGCAGCGUGGGGUCGGCCCGCGACUGCUGGAUAUGCUACGACAGCUCCCGGUCCGAGCCGCUGAUCCGGCCCUGCCGCUGCACCGGCGACGUGUCCGCCGUGCACCACGACUGUCUCAGCCGGUGGCUGGUCGAGAGCGCUACGAGUCCUGAUGGUUUGAAGUGCAAAGUGUGCAACACUCCUUACAUCGUUCAGGAAACUAACAGGGUGGUAUGGGAGCGCGGGUUCACAGUAGCGCACUGGGCGCGCACGGCCCUCGCCGUGGCCUGCAUGUGCGGCGCGGGCGCGGCCGCCUGGGUGUGCGUGCAGCUGGCCGCCUCGCCCGUCGCGCGCGUGCUCGCCGCCGGAGCUGCGCUGCUCGUGUGCUACGUCGCUAUCAGAUUCCUCGGCAUGAACACAGUGAGCGCGUACCAGCGAGCCAAAGUGUCAUCACUUCGCAUUUUGACCGAGCCCUUAACCGAAAUCACCGGCCACAGUGACCAGGGACAACUAUCCACGAUCAGCAACACGGUCACAGUAGAAAUAGCAUCCAAGGUCGUCCUCGAACGAGCACUCAAGGGCGAAGUGAACAAAUAACCAGUUACAAGUAACUGGUUACAGUAACGGUUAAAUAACUAUUUAAAAAUAACGGUGAUACGUCAGUACAAACGCAGUGAAGUGAUGUGAUACAGUGUUACGAACUCGACAUUUUAAUAUUCUGAACUUUUACGUACUACGGACUAAAAUAUGGACGAAAAUAUAUCUUUGAUCGGAGAAUUACGUAACUGGGUUUAAAAUGCCCGUAAUGUGUGUACUGGCUACUUUAGUCGAUUCCGACUAUUCGACUAAAGCCAACUCGAGUUCAAGGACUAAUCGACUAAAUACUUAUAUGUAUAAAAUCGAUUCUUAAAUAAUUUUAUUUUAAUAUUCUCCGUUUACCUUGGAGAAAUAUCAUAUUCCACACAUAAGUAUUGCCUUAAUUGUUUUAUUUGUAUUUAAAAAUUGACUUUGAAGUCUGAAAUUCGAUGUAAAAUAUUAUUUUUAUUUUAUUCUCUUUAUGCCAAAUUCCUUUUUUUUAUUGUAAAUUAAUGUUAAAUUAAGACGGUUGACGUUUAGGUGAUGUUCUGUAGUUUCUGAUGUAAAUUAUGUCAUACUUUUUAAUUUAAGGCACGGACACACUAAAGAAAAUAAUCAUAAUUAAAAUCGAUUAUUGUCAAAAUAUUUAUUUUAAAAUUUUUUAUUAUUAUUCUGGAAAAAAUAUAUUUCGACUAUAAUAAGAUUUACCGAAACUAUUAGACUUUCACGAAAAAAAUAUUGUAUUUCUUUAUGUUUUCAGUGUGUCCUGCCCACAAAAUGUAAAAAUACAAAAAAUCAACAUUUGCUAUCCAUUCCCUCUUAUUUUGUUUAAAUUUCAGUUAUUAUGGAAUAUACGUAUUUGCAUUAGUUUCGUGAGAAGUUGCUCGUUUUUACGUUAAGUUAGUUUUUACUAUCGGUGAUAUAUAUUUUUUAUUUAUUUGUUAUGUUAGGGCGCGUUUUCCAUGAUUUUAUUUAUCGACAUUACUGGUUAAUGUUUGUAACUUUCUAAAAAAAAUUAAAAGAGUAUCUGAGUUGAAAAGUUCCGUCUUUUUUGAAGUUGGUUGAAAUAUUUUUCUAUAGAGACUUUUUUGGAAUACGCAAACAAAAGCAUAAUUUAUAUUGAACGAUUAACUAUUCACGGAACUAAUAGUAUUUUUAACUUAAAAAUAUUUGGUUUUAGAAGUAGAAGAGGCUAUGGCGGGCGUUCGUUCCUAACCGCUGAGAGUUGUGAUAAAUAUUUAAAACAGCGGUUUCGCCUGAUUUAUACAGAAAAAUCCUUUUUAAAACUAUAAAAAAUUAAAUAAAUGUACAUUUACUUUA